AAUUGUUAAUAAGUUGAAAGCAACCUUAAAACACUUGCAAAAAUGAAUUCAAAACUAUUCUUCUUAUUUAUCUGUGCUGUUCAGUCACUUUCUGUCUAUUCAUACUCAGCUCGUGACAUACUUUAUGCACCACAGGAGCCGUCAUCAGGGUAUAUAGUCGGAGGUGAGGAAGCUGAAGAUGGACAAGCCCCCUUCCAGUGCUCAAUGCAGUACAACGAUCGGCAUGUAUGUGGAUGCGCGAUAUUAUCGGAGAAAUGGAUUCUUACUGCUGCGCACUGCUUAAUGGGCGGAAUAAAGGUUUUAGUAGGAACCAAUAGUCUAACAUCAGGUGGAACUCAAUAUGAGAUUGAAAAGGUCAUAAGGCAUGAGAGUUAUGGUGACCCGCCAUAUGCUUAUGACAUUGGUUUGAUCCAAGUGAAAGGAUCAAUCGAGUUUAAUGACAAAGUUAAGCCAAUUGAAUAUUCAGCGGAUGAGGUUCCAGAAGGAUCUGUGGCUCAAUUGACUGGAUGGGGCCGUUUAAGCACCUCUGGAUCAGUGCCAGAUAAGUUACAAGUGUUAAAUCUAACUGUAAUUUCAACACCUGAAUGUAGAGAAAUCAAUGGCGAUACUGUUCAUGAUAGUCAUUUGUGUACAUUCAACAAAGCGGGUGAAGGUGCUUGUUAUGGUGAUUCUGGUGGUCCACUUGUUUUCAACAAUAAAUUGAUCGGACUUGUUAAUUGGGGACGCCCAUGCGCACAAGGCUACCCAGACGCCCAUGCAAAGGUAUCUUUUCUGCAUGAUUGGGUCAAGGAAAAUACUGGAAUCUGAAUGAAGCAAGCUAAAGACUAUACAUCAGCAGCGUAUGCCAAACAGGAUGAAUCAAGGGGGAAAGCAGUAAUCUAGUACUGCAUUCAAUGCCGAUUUAAUAUGCCAAUUCAAUGCCAAUAAGUUCAAAAGAAUGCUAUUCACUGCAAUCCACUACCGUCAUCGAUUGAUGUACGAGAUUACUGGUUUGACAGGAGUAGAUUGCAGUGAAUAGCAUUGAUUUAAAUUUAGUGACAUUGAAUUGGCAUUAAAUCGACAUUGAAUCAGCAUUGAAUGCAGUACUAGAUCACUGCUUUCCCCCUUGGGAUGAAUCCUAUUGAUUCCGUUAAGUUUACUUAUACUUCCAAUUUGAUUCGCAAACAAUGUAAAAUGAAUUAAGAAAAAUAUAUCCUUUAAUGAACUUUUGGAAAA